AUGUCCCAGGGAGGAUACUUUGAGAACGAGAGACACUACCAAACCCUAGAAAUGGCUCCUGCGAGGUCCACGGGCGGCGACCUGGCCCCCCUUUGCGAGUCGGAGCUGGCCUCGUACAUUGGUGAUGAGCAGCUGCUCUCUGAGCUGCUGCAGGGGGGCCAGCAAAGGGUCCCCAAAGGGUCCUCCAUUCCAAACUACUUCUCCAGCGACCCUUACCCCUUCCUCACCUACGGAGGGGAGCGCAAGGGCCUCGCCCCCUUCGACCCGCGAUCGGUGGCUGUCAAGGAGGAGCCUCGAGGCGGGGAGGCUGGGCGAGGGGCCACACGCCACCCGUACAGCGCCAUGCACUUGCCAGCAGCCCACUGCGCCCAGGUGGCCCUCACCCAGCCAGGACCGCGCACUGGACAAGCCCUGAGAGUGCUCAAGGGUCCAGCCUGCAGCCCGUCCCCCCCUUGUGGCCCCCCCAAGGGAAAGAAAUCUGUGAACAAAGACAGCUUGGAGUACCGCCUGCGCCGCGAACGCAACAACAUCGCAGUGCGCAAGAGCCGCGACAAAGCCAAGCGCCGGGUGAUGGAGACGCAGCAGCGCAUGGUGGAACUCCUGGGGGAAAACGAGAGGUUGCGCAACCGCGUGGAACAGCUGAUGCAGGAGACCGAGACGCUCCGGGAUAUUUUCCGCCAAGUGCCUGAAGCCGCUGGGCUGAUCAAGGGUCUUGGGGGCUGCAGCUGAAGCCGGUUGGGGAUGGGAAGCAAGAUGGAGAGGGGAGCUGGAAUCAGGAGGAUCAGGGCUUUUGCGUGUGUAAAUAAAGGAUCUAU